AUGUCGAGACGCAAGCCGUACAGCGUGCGGCCCACAACCUUACCAUACCAUCGCGUGCAACGGCGAAGCGCGACUCAUGCGGGACGACGAGCUAACGUGCGCCGUGCGGGCCAGCUAUCACCAGACGAUGCCUACCUCAGCUACUACGACAUCCGCCUCACGCGCGAAGACGUUGACUCGAUCAAAAACGACUGGCUGACCGACAAUGCAAUCUCCUUCUGGCAAGAGUACCUCGAGCGCGAGAAGCUCAUCCACUACCCCAAAGCCAACAUCGUCCUCCUACGACCGACAAUGAGCUUCAUGCUACAAAAGACUAAGAAUCCUAUUGACCUGAAAAGCGCACUGCCCAAUUUCGAGAGGACAACCCACAUCUUUCUUCCCAUCAACGACUGCCAGAGCGUCACUACAGCCGAGGGCGGGUCGCACUGGUCACUGCUGCUCGUCUCAGCCAUCGAUGGCGUCGCCUUCCACUACGACUCGCUGAACAACUCGAAUUACCACGAGGCGAGACUCACUGCCCACAAAAUGUCGCAACUGCUUGGGAAGCCUCUGAACUUCAUCAACCUGCAGGACUCCCCGCAACAGGACAACGGCAUGGACUGUGGAGUGUAUGUGUGCCUGCUGAUGCAGCACCUUCUGAUAUCCAAACUACUCAAGGCACAUGCUCAGGACAAGAUCAGCAUGAGCAUGCGCGGGAAGGAAGUUGAUGCCUCAGGAGGGCGGAAGGAGAUCUUGCGUGUCAUUGAGGCGAGGCGGAAAGAAGGCGAGAGGCGGCGAUCGUGA